CUCCUUCAACAGAGCACUGGGACAGAGAGGACAAACUACAUUUCCCAAUGAAUCACUGCGCCUAUUUCCUGUGCGGCUCCCAUCUCUGCUCGGCUUCCGGAGUCGUUGCGUCGUGAGUUCCGCGUGGAAACCGCCUCUUCUAGGGUCGCUCUCUCUGCCCACCCACUCAGUUAUGGCUGCCAGCACGUCGUCGUCGCCCCCCGCACCACCAGCCCCGGCUCCAGCCGCAGCUCCGGGCAAGACCCCGUUAAUGGGGGGCUGCCUGAGCUGCCGCCUCUUAUCGGGAAUGGGGCUGCUGGGGGCCGGCGGCUAUGUGUACUGGACUGCGCGGCGACCCCUGAAGCUCGGCUAUGCCCCCAGCCCGGGUACCAUCUUCCAGAUGGUCGUUGGCAUCAGCAUUGCUUGUUGGGGGGUAGUCGUAUUGGCGGACCCUGUAGGAAAACUCCAAGACACAAAGAAGCAAUGACGGUGAGGAUGCUGAAAUUGGCAGCUUUACAAUUCAGCCACCCAUCUUCAUGGAUCACCCAGCCACUUCAGUGGAUUACCCAGACCAGGACAAUAGAAGCAAGAGACCAUCACAUGUUCCAGGACACAGUGAUCCAGCUUCAGAUCUUUCAGAUCUGUAGAUGGCUGCAGGGGACAUGGACAAAGCAUGACUUCCUAUUUCUUUUUACCUAGGCCUGCCACUCCCUUCACAGCUGUGAAUAAAUUUCUCCGAGUAGAGAA